ACGGACAUCAUCUGCCCGAGAAAUGCUGCCAUAGAAAAGGGCCUCCUAAACAAACAGAAGGAACCGUUCAGCGUGCGGAGAAAGGACUUCUGGGAUGCCAACGAGCACUAUACCCACAAGCUCCUGAGUGAAUCAUUCCAGUCCAAGCUGUGCCACGAACCCGAUGGUUUGGUGUUCCAGCCAGAGUGUGAUCCUUACAUACCUGGAAGAUGUGAUCUAGUCCUAAAAUGGAAACCUGCAAGCCACAAUUCUGUUGACUUCAAGUUAAAAAUUGUCAAGAAAGGUGGUUUAGGAUUAUUGCCAACAACAGAAGGAGAUCUGUACGUGGGGGGGCUGGACGCUCCCUUUGCAACAAUAAAGCCAACCAAGGGUUUGAAGGAGUACAAUAACAAGAUCAUUGAAUGUAAAUAUGAAAAUAACAAGUGGGUCUUCAUGAGAGAGCGGACUGACAAAUCGUUCCCCAAUAGCUACACUACUGCCAUGGCUGUCUGCAACAGUAUUAGCCACCCAGUUACCGAGGAUCAGCUCCUCAAAUUCAUCCAAGCACAAGGCUACAAGAAAGCAGACAAGGAGUUGAUGCCACCUCCCCCAGCCAAGAGACCAAGAAUGAUGUAAUAUACACAAAAGGGGAGGAACCAUGAUGCAGUAGGAAUAUGAAUAAAGUGAAGAAAAUGGAGAAAAAGAGGAAAUGAAUACGGUUAAAAAUUUGGACUUUAUAUUUUUUAGUUUCAAGGUAGAGUAAAAUUAUAAAUAGGAAUGGAAUGAUUCAUGUCUUCCCCCAACAGAUACUGUGUACUUUGUUAUUGGUUCAUUAUAAUAAAUGUAAACAAUGAACUUCCCUUUUUAGAAAGGGAAGAAGUUAAUUUUCAAGGAGGAUGAUUAUGUGUCUUUUCCAUACAUGUGUACUUUCUCUUUUAUUCAUUUAUAAAAUGAAACAAAUUUUC